AUCUGCAUGGGGGUGGGGAAAUUGCAAUACAAUGUUGUAAUGUUGUGAGCACAGAAAACAGAAAUGCUCUCUUCUGGUAUCAGAAUAACUGCAUCUCCUGGGGCGAAUGGGUGAAUAACAAUAAAUCAGUGAAUCUGAUGGAAAAGGUGCUCAUGUAACAUCAGACUUUGUGUAGUCACACCCCUGAGAGUCCCAGAAUCAGACAGGUGACAGGCUGGGUAUCGUCAUCGUGGUUAACUGUCCGCACCAUCUGUGCGCUCUUUGUCCGCACGGGCACUUGACAUAUGCUCAGGACCGGGGGGCUUCGGGCCGCGUCGGCGUGACUGUGGCAUUUGGGCGCGCCUCGGAGGAACGCUGCCUGUUCUCGCCCUGCCUGCUCGGUCGACCUCGCCAGCCCUCGCUACGCAAAAUGUGGGAAGAGAACUUCGACACGGAGAACCACGGCGUGGUGAGGAAGCAGGACUAUUCCCCCGUGUCCUGGAGUGAGUACUACGAGAUGAUGGAUGACGUUGUCGUGGGAUCGGCGGAGAACAAAGACGUGUUCCGGGUGUACAAGAGCGGCCAUGACGGACCGCUGCUGGUCCUGCUCCACGGAGGCGGGCACUCCGCCCUGUCCUGGGCCGUCUUCACCGCGGCCAUGGCGAGCAGAGUCACCUGCAGGGUAUUAGCAAUGGACCUCAGAGGCCACGGUGCCACUCAAGUCCGGCACUCAGAUGACCUCUCGACACAGACCAUGUCCAGGGAUGUGGCCAAUGUGGUGCGGGCGACAUACGGAGAGACUCCACCUCCCAUCAUCCUGGUGGGCCACAGCAUGGGCGGAGCCAUCGCCAUCCACACAGCCAGCAGCGGCCUGCUGCCCACCGUGGUGGGGCUCGUGGUCAUCGACGUGGUGGAGGGAAGUGCCAUGGACGUUCUCCACAGCAUGCAGAACUUCCUCCGGGGACGACCCAAGACUUUCAAAUCGAUUGACCGCGCCAUCGAGUGGAGCGUCAAAAGUGGACAAGUCAGAAACCUGGAGUCAGCAAAGGUGUCAAUGGUUGGCCAAGUGCGAAGGUGCGAGGAAGAGGAGGGAGACCCUUCGGAGCAGGUCAGUCCAGCUGGCGAUGUGGUCACCGAGGGAAACGAGGAGUUCUACGACCUGAAUUACGUCACCGACAAAGCGGAGAGCGCGACAUCAGAGCCCCACAGUGUGUACAGCUGGCGGAUCGACCUCUCGAAAGCGGAGAAGUACUGGGACGGUUGGUUCAGAGGAAUCUCCAACCUCUUCCUCAGCUGUAACAUCCCAAAGCUCUUAUUACUAGCAGGCAUCGAUCGCUUAGACAGAGACCUGACAAUUGGCCAAAUGCAAGGAAAAUUCAUGAUGCAGGUGCUGCCCCCUUGUGGCCAUGCUGUUCAUGAGGACAUGCCGGACAAAGUGGCAGACGCGCUGGCGAGCUUCAUGAUCAGGCACAAAUUCGCAGAAGUGAGGAGUGAAACCAAAAGCUCCUCCUACCCUUUCAUGCGGUGAAAGACGCAGGGAGCAGCAGGGCUUAAGGAGCGCCCGUCCCAUCUUCACCUCGACAGAAACUUCAAACCCGCGACACUGACAGGCCUACGAAACCUCGCUUCAGAGACGCACAGCUGCAGGGUCCUGAGCUGCUGAGCGUAUCGCUGUUUAAAAUAGUGCGUCUGUGUGUAUGUUUGUCACUUAGAUUGUGCUUUUCUCAGGCCUGCCAUGGUGCAGAGGCAAAUUAUGUUUGUCAGAGCAUUACAUGUACGCACAUACGUGAUCACUGCUGACAUGAACAAAUGAUUGUACUGUGGAUGAAAAUGUUUGAACUAAAACUUUAUCCAGGAAAAAAACGGUGGUGGCCAUUUUGUAGAUGUAGCACUGAAUCAUUCCUUCUACAUUCUUUUAUUAGCUGGAGUGGUUUUGAAGCCAUAUACAUGUUUAAAAUAUUCACAACAAAAACAAACACAGCAGUUUAAAAUACAGCAAAAAAAGACCAGCUGAUUUCACUAUGAGGGCACAGGCUGGGAACGAAAGUCUGAUACCAAACCGACAAGCCAAGCAACUCUCUUUCAUCUGCAGAAUAAAAGAGAAAGAAAUGUAAACCUUUUUCUGACAAAAACUGAAUCAAAGUGCAGGUGCUCCUGUUUAAAACAACAUUUCAACCAACAGCUAAUACAUUAAUCUAUACAAAGUGUAUAUGUAGUCAAAUCACAGAAUUACAUUUCAUAUUAGAUGCAGCUGUGAACAUCAUUACAGUUUUUCUUUGUAGUUAAGAGUAAUUGAAGAUCACAAAGACAGAAUACAUAGCCUGACAUGAUCAAAGAGGUUACUGUAGUACAGUGUCACACUGUACAUUACUCAUAUAAAUUAGAACAAGCUCAAUUAGUAUAUUGAA